UACCCACGUUCAGUAUUCCACAGGUUGUGCGUUAUUUCGGCUGCAUUUUCCUAAGUUUAUCCCCCUAGAGUAAGCUCUCAGCACUCUCACUGAUCCCCAAAAAAAUCCAGACGAUGUCUCGACACCAGUGAAACUCUCCCCCAGAUUAAAUUUUCUUUCGAGACGUCUCAUUAAAUCUCAUUAAAUUAGUCGUUAUGCUGUAUCUUCUAUUAUUUAUGGCCACGAUUGUGCUCCCUUCGUCCAGAGCUGGGGAUCCGGAGUUGGGAAAUAUCGUUCUCGCUAAUGUCCUGUUCAGACAUGGGGACAGGACACCUCUGGAUCCGUACCCGAACGAUCCCUGGAGGAAUGAGUCGCUCUGGCCGGUGCCCUUCGGACAACUGACUAAUUUGGGGAAGCAUCAGCACUUGGAACUCGGCAGAUGGUUCCGAGCAAGAUACGACCAAUUGUUACCCAGGAAGUAUUCCUUCCACGACAUUUACAUUCGAAGUACAGACGUGGAUCGCACGCUGAUGUCAGCGGAGGCCAACCUCGCUGGGUUGUACCCACCGGUGGGUGAGCAGAUCUGGGAUACGCUCAAGUGGAUGCCGAUACCCGUUCACACAAGCCCGGAGAAGGAGGACAACGUCCUCUCCGGAAAAAAGUACUGCGCCAGGUAUAAUUACGAACUAAAUCGGGUGCUCAACUCGCUAAAAAUGCGAAAAAUCAUUCAAGAUCAUCAGAAGCUCUUCGAUUAUCUCACUAAGAUGGCUGGGAAGAAGAUCGAUGAUCUGGAGCAGUUGAAUUACUUGUACAACAAUUUAUUUAUUGAGAGUAUUUACAAUAGAACUCUCCCAGAAUGGACCAAACCCAUUUAUCCGGAUAAACUUCAACCACUUGCGGCUCUGAGUUUUGAAACUCAGGCGAAUAAUAAAAUUCUACAGAGACUCAGAAUGGGGCUGUUAGUGAAAGAAAUGGUGGACCACAUGGUCCAAAAAUCAAGAAACGCUCUCGUACCUGACAGAAAAUUAUUUAUGUACUCAGCCCAUGAUGACACUGUAGCCAAUCUGUUAAUGACCUUGGGGCUGUUUGAGCCCCACUGUCCGCCCUACACGGCGACCAUCCUCAUAGAACUCAGGCAGAACGCGAAGAGUCAGUUCGUCGUGACGAUAUCCUACAAGAAUUCAACAGCAGAACCGACUCUGCUGACCCUGCCAGGCUGCAUCCCAGCCUGCCCUCUCUCCCAAUUCGUAAAAUUAACCAAAGAUAUCAUCCCAGAGGACUGGGACAAGGAGUGCUUGAUCACGUGGGAGACUUAUGGCGUGGACUUCAGUAUUUCAACGAUUUUAGGCAUCAUGAUGUUCGCCAUUCUCCUCCUGAUCUUCGUCGUCCUCCUCAUCGUCUCGUUUGUCUUCUGGCAUUACAAACGAGCCCAUUGUCAGUAUUACACUCGCCUCUCCACGGAUUCAAUUUAAUAUUAAUUCGCCCAUAAAUUUAACCGACCUGAACAUUCAGGACUCCUCACACGAAGAUACCAGAAUGAUUGUUGAUCUAUUUUUGCAUGAACAGAGGAGUUUGUCCUCUUCGUCAUAAUCCUCUUUGUCUAUAAGCUACCAAGGGGCCCAACGACGUAUCUACCUCAUCAAGUAUGUCGAGAGUACUUUUUUUUGGUUCUAUUUUCCAUUAUAUUCUAACAAAAAACUCGACAUAGGUGUGAUAAUUAGUGAGAUUCAUCGAAUCAAUGGCCAAAAUCAAGAGAAAUAAGGUUUUAGAAGUAUAAAAACUAUUUUUGACGUAUUUUACUGGAAAUUGCAACUCAUGAAAUUUUAAUCUAAAUCAACUUUUUAAAAAAUGUGGUAAAUGUACCUCGUGGAUGUAUUUAUGUAUUCAAAUAUGAAGGACUGUCCUUCAGUGAAUGUUAAAGGAUAAUUCAGUGUGAUAAUAAAAUACAAUGAGUAACAGAAUAUAUUAUGCUUUAUUUGGAUUAAAAAAUCUCUUAACAUUCAAUAACAUCGAGUGAUGGAGUGCUAAAACGAAAGAACAGCUGUUGACUUCUUUAAGAGUAUCCGGGAAUUCAGGGGAGAAGUGAAAUUUUUUUGGAGAUAUUUUUUUUUUACAUUUU